AUGGACUUGAAUAGUCCCCAUUUACGCGCGGGGGAAUCCCUUGAGCGCAGACAUUCUGAUACGUCGUUGCCGCAGUCACAUAUGGCUGUCACAUCCAACAACCAAGUAGGAAACUUGGACUUCCCCCAUCCACACUUUGCAGUCAUCUACCUCGACUACAAUGGGAAACUUCAAGUGGAAGCUUCACCCUCUAUCGCGGGGUGCGGUGGUGCUAUCUUCACGCCGGACGUGACAGAUAGAUUCAUGGAGAUGGCAGUGCCAAAUCCCCAACCAAUGCAAUUCCAUAAUCCACCCCCCUCACCAUGGGGCAUGCAUCCAAAUCCAAAUGCAAACCAAACCCCACCACAUCCAAACCCACACACCUGGCCACGCUACGGCCAAACGCGACCCGCCCCCGAAUUAAUACCAUGCGAAUUUCAAUCGCACCAAACGCGCCGAAAACGCCGCGACAUGAAACGUCUCGGCACUGGCAUGGGAGCUGGCAUGUCCCACCCACGUCCAAAAUCAUCCUCACCCCCUCCAACGCCUCCACCAGGCCGAAGCGCAUUUAAAAUUGGCGACAGUGCUGCAGUGCGAAGAUAUAUCGAGAAAGCAUUCGAGGACUUUCAGCAGUUGAAUUGUAGGGUUAUUGCGAAGUCGUGGAUUAAACUUGUGGAGCCGAGGAAGCAGGUUCAUUUUCCGUAUAAUGGGCGGAAGGUCAUUGCGGGUGUUUCGCAGCGUGUGGAUCCUGAACUUACGAAGCCGGGUUGGUGGCCUGAUGGGGUUUUGCAUCGGGAGCCGGAUCAUUUGUUGAAGCGUGAUCGGUUGCGUCUGCUGGUUCAUAUUUUGUGUGAACUGAGAGAGAGUAAUGGGGUUAGUGCGGAUAAGCUUCGUGAAGCUGGACAGGAUGUGAGAAGGCAGAUUAGUCCUGCGAACCGGUUACAGGUUCUUGAUGAGAUUUAUUUCGUGCGACAGAUGGAGGAACGGUAUCUUGAUGGAGAGAUUGAUGGGAGCACAGUAAUCCAAGUGGUUCAUACUCAUCUCCCCGAAGCAAAUUUCCACGACGAAGAGCUCACUCCCGCGGGCAUACAUUCGGCCCCUGUCAUGAAAAUCGACGAAGAAGAUCUUGAUGAUCAGGAUCUCGGCGAUAGCCACGGAUCAGGACCACACGGAUCACUACUCGAUGAGAAUGAGCAGUUAGUAUCAUUCUCCAGUCAUCAUCACGGUUUACCCUUGUCACCCGCAACCAGCGAGUCAAGCGGACCACAUAGUCCGACAACUACUGGAUUCGGGGGUCAUCACAUGGGUAUGAUGGCUAGUAUGAUUCCGCAUGAAUCUCCGAUUGAUUCAAAGCCUGUGCCUGUCUCUGUGCCUCUUCCCGUUCCUACUGUUCCUGGUCACGGUGGUGGGUAUUAUGCGCCGUUUAGUGCGGCUGAGAAGAAUACGGGGUAUUGGGGUGAGAUGCCAGUGACUCAUGGGAUGAAUCAAUUUGGGUAUUGA